UGAACGAACAAACGGGCCGACAGAGAAGCAACUGUUCGUCUGCCGGCAACCUCAUGAAGCAAGCGCGUCACUCACAGUCGAUUCCCUGAAAGCACACACAUGCAACCAACCAACCAGUGAGUGGUGAACAGUGCAUAGUACAGGCCUGCUGGCUGGCUCGUGGCUUGCAUACCUCAGUGAAGCGUGACCCUCGUCCCGAUCUUCAGAGAAGCCAAGCACACAGGCUGUACGCAGAUUGGAGUGAUUCAUUGUCUUUGCUUACAGGAUGAUGCAUCGGCAUGACGCAUCGGCAGACAGACGAUCGAGGAGUAAGCAUGAGGUGAAUUCAUGCUUUCUGGCAUGUACUCGCGCGUGCAAGGCCCCACUUUGUCUGUCUUCCCAUCACAAAGAGCGACUGGUCGGUGGUGUCUCUGCGUCUCCACCGCUGCGCCGCUGAUGAGAGAGAAAGGGCGACGCGAGCACUGCACACUGCUUUCUGUGUGUCUCUUUGUUACCUACCCCUUUUUCAUCUUGUUUUGAAGGUGAAAUAGCUGACGCAUUCGGGCAGCAAGGGGACCAGGAAUGGCUGAACGAGAUCCGUAGACAACGGGUAGCCUUGUCUUGUACUGAUGUGUGUGCGUGUGCGUGUCUUGUUGCUUCCUCACUCUUGCUCUGACAGAGUUCGUACAGCAGGUCCAUCUUAUGUCGGAAGUAUUUCUGCGCCUCGUACAUCUCCUUGUAGAAGUUGAUCGACGAUGUGAUUCCGUAACUGCGCAUAAAGGACACAUAACGACCAGAAAUUUCGUGUGUGCGUGUGUCCCACGCGAAUAUGCAUGAGCCGAUGAUCAUUCCCCAAACGGCGAAGUGCCGCUCCUGGGGGGUGGUCAGCAGUGGCGAGCCAUGACCGACAGACGACAUGCUGAGCGUCGCGUUGAUCGAGACACAGAAGAGGCACAGAAACACACGUACAUUUGAAAUGCAUAUGUCUCGUGUUUUGUCUGCUUUCGUGAUUACGGACGUCUGCAGCGUCCACACGAGAGCCAGCAGGUAUUGCUUGGCAUGUGCCUCGCCUUCCACCUCAUUCACAGCCAGCCACUCCCUGCCAUCAUCCUGAAUCACGCUCACACACAUCAUGAAGAAGGGUGAUGGGGGAGGGGCUGAAGGCGGCCGCUGACGAGCAGCAGAUCAGGAGGGCCAUGCUAUGUGGAGAUGCAUGGUGGCCCGGCUGACAAAGCCUUCGAAUAAAGUGGCUGCCUCACGCCGCCUUCAGUGGCCUGCAGGCCCUCGAUAUCCACAUGACGCACAAAACGCCGCAGCAGGAGGCCUGCCAGACCAACACACAUACACACCUCCUCAAGUGGACACCACAGGAUGGAGUGCAUCCAAUGGCUUUUCGAAGUACUUUUGGCGUCUGUCAGGUUCCUCCAACGAAGCAAGAGAAAAGGGAACUGGCAGGGGAG